AUGGGGCUCAUGGAGGAGUUGGUGGUGGCAGUGAUUUUGUUCUGUGGGGCUGCUGCUGGCGUGGCGGCUUAUGACCCCUGGGAGUUUGCUCCAAGGAGCCCAGUCAUUUGGAGAUCCGGUGCCAGGACGGCUCCUCCUGUGAGGCAGCCGUAUGCCCCUACCUGGCCGGAGUCCUACCCCUGGGGGUGGGUCGAUGCUUCCCAGGCCAGGGGCUUGUCCAGCUGGAAGCCUGUUACCGCGCAGUGCGGGGAAGCUCAGGUGGUGGUCACAGCGAAGAGAGACCUGUUUGGGACCGGGAGGCUCGUGCGAGCCUCGGACCUGACCCUGGGCUCCCCCGGGUGCCAGCCCACAUCCCUGGAUGCUGCCGAGGACGCCGUGAUCUUUGACGUCGGGCUCCAUGAGUGCGGCAGCACCUUGCAGAUGACUCCAGAUUCCCUGGUCUACAGCAUAAGCCUGUACUAUCAACCUACCCCAGGUGCUAACGCCGUCAUCCUACGGACCAGUCCGGCUGAAGUCCCUAUUGAAUGUCACUAUCCAAGGAGAAACAACGUGAGCAGCAAAGCCAUCAAGCCUACCUGGGUUCCCUUCAGCUCGACUCUGUCUGCAGAGGAGAAGCUGAGCUUCUCCGUGCGCUUAAUGAGUGACGACUGGAGUGCCGAGAGAACUUCCAACGGCUACCAGCUGGGGGACGUGAUGUACAUCCAGGCGGCCGUGAACACAGAGAACCACGUGCCACUGAGGCUGUUUGUGGACCACUGCGUGGCCACGCUGAGCCCGGGCAGGGAUUCCACCCCCCAAUACCCCAUCAUAGACUACAAAGGCUGCCUUGUUGAUGGGAAAUCGGAUUCCAGCUCCGCCUUCAUAUCUCCGAGGUUCAGGGACGACCUGCUCCACUUCACGGUGGACGUCUUCCGGUUCACAGAAGACCCCAGAGACCUGAUUUACAUCACCUGCCACUUGAAGGUUGCUGCAGCUGACCAAGCCCCUGACCCUGAGAACAAGGCUUGUUCCUUCAAUAAAGCGAGCAACACUUGGGUCCCAGUGGAAGGAACCAGGGACGUCUGCACCUGCUGUGAAACUGGCAACUGUGACCAGACCAUUGGCCAGCCAAGGAGGAUCAACUCCUGGGGCAGAUGGACAGGAGGAAGGAGGCUUGGCAGAGCUGCAGCCCCUAAGCACGAUCAAGUGAAGGCGGCGGAGACCGACGUGAUGUUGGGCCCCAUCUUCAUCCUUGAUGCGUACAGGAACUCCAGGAGACUUGCGGGCCAUGGAAGCAGAGCGACGGAAUUGUCAGCAGAGCGUGGCUUCCUUCAAGCUCCCGUGAUGCUGGUGGGGCUCAUCCUGAUGGCCAUUGCUGUGAUCCUGGCUCUGACUACUCUAGGAAUCCUCUACGCUAGGAAAAGGCAUUCUGGUUCUCCUUAAAAUGUUGCGUAGUGUGUAUCUUGUCAUUAAAAGAAAUAAAA